AUGACGGGCCGCGAGGAGCUGGCCGAGGGCGCCCCGGGCAAGGGGAAGGCGCUGGCGCCCAGCGCGGCGGGGCAGGAGAAGGCGGGCGCCCGCUUGGCCAGCGGCAGCCUGCGCGCCUCCAAGGGCUUCGCCAUCACCGACCUGCUCGGCUUGGAGGCGGAGCUGCAGCCGCCCGGCCCGGUCGCCGCCGCCGCCUCCUCUUCGUCCUCCUCCUCGGGCUGCGAAGGCGGCGGCGGCGGCGGACCGGGCGGCUUGGGCGGAGGCGCCCUGCCGCUGGGCUUGGGCUUCCUCUGCGGCUUCGCCCCGCAGCAGCCCUCCGGGGCGCCCUGCCUGCUGCCCGCCCACCUGCCCUUCCUGCGGCCCGCGCCCGACCCCCCGCCCCAGCCCCACCGCCACCACCACGCCCCCUACGCGCCGCCCGCAGCCCACAGGCACAGCCACACACUCUCCGAUGACGAUAGCUUGUCAGGGGACAAGAGUGACCUGAAGACUUCUGGGUCCCAGAUCAAGAGAAAGAAACGACGGCACAGGACGGUAUUUACUGCACACCAACUGGAGGAACUGGAAAAGGCUUUCAAUGAAGCUCAUUACCCUGAUGUAUAUGCCAGGGAAAUGUUAGCAAUGAAAACUGAGCUCCCUGAGGACAGGAUACAGGUCUGGUUUCAAAACCGAAGGGCCAAGUGGCGGAAGCGUGAGAAGUGCUGGGGCCGCAGCAGUGUCAUGGCAGAAUAUGGCCUUUAUGGUGCUAUGGUGAGACAUUCCAUCCCGCUACCUGAAUCCAUCAUCAAUUCCGCCAAAAGUGGGUUAGUGGGCUCCUGUGCCCCUUGGCUGCUUGGAAUGCAUAAAAAAUCAAUGGGUGUUUCAAGAAGGCCUGAAAGUGAGGAAAAGGGGAAUGGUGGCUGGAAAUCUGAACACUCUGAUGAGGAAUUAAAAAAUAAGGAGACAGAACAGGAGAAAAGCUCCAGUGAUAAAUUCCGCUCAAUGGACAAUUCUGAAGAUAUUGCAAUUGAUCUCUCAAGUACAGCAAAACAUGAGAAAAAGAGCAGCACUUUGCGACAGUGUCUCAAUGGAGGGCUACAGCCAAAAAUGAAGGACUAAGCAUGAGGAUGAAGACAUACAUAGCACAAC